UGACGGGUUUCAAUCGCUCGAAGAUAUAUUUUACUCCAGCUUUAUCCCGUUGUCUCUGCGUGACGUUAGUUAUGUAACUAGAGACGUGGUCAUUUCGUAUCGGUUCGGUUGAAGUCAGCUUUCUUAGUUUCCAUUGAAUGAGAAAUUGGAUCUUGACUCACGUGUUACGCCUUUACUUCAGGAUGGCGGGUACGCACUCGCGCAAUACCCCUUCAUGGACGAAUACUCGUCUAAACGACAGAAAUUCGCCUACUCCUUUGAUAUCUCUCCCAGACGAUUCGGAACCUCCUUCUAUUGUUCUGAGGUCCUUUUGGAACAACUUGAAAUAUGAGUGGAACAGCAAAAGGUCAAAAUUCGCUACAGGUGAUGAAGUCCACAUCCUUGGUCGAAAGUAUCGAAUCCCUGAAGAUGAGACUGUGAUGCGAAGAGAUUUCGCGUCUCGUAUAUGGCUGACUUAUCGUCGAGAUAUGCCAUGUCCUCUUCCGCAUUCGAACCUAAGAUCCGAUUGCGGUUGGGGCUGCAUGAUACGUUCGGGACAGAUGAUCUUAGCACAGACAAUUCUGACGCAUCUUCUUGGUCGCGAUUGGAGACCAGGUGUAAUGUGUGAAGUACACAGAAGCAUUAUCAGUCUUUUUUCGGAUCAUUUUUUUUUAUCGCCACCGACUUUCGGCCUUCAUCGCCUGGUUUCCUUGGGAUUAAGGAAAGGAAAGCAGGCGGGUGACUGGUUUGGUCCCACAUGUAUAGUGCAUAUUUUGAAAGAAGCCGUGGAGACUUCAGUGGUUCCCGGACUACGAAUCUAUGUGGCUCAAGACUGCACAGUGUACCUCGAUGAUGUCGACAUGUUAUGCAGACCACGUGAUCGGAAUGAUGACACCGACGUUACCGAAGCGACCGAAUUUUUGCAGGAGAGUCAAUGUGUAUUAUCAGCUCGUCAAGCGAGCGAUUUUGUCAUGGUGACGAAGUCUGGGCCGUUUGAAGGAAUACAAGCCGAAGAAUUGAACGAAGAGCCGGAGUGCGAUCAGAAUGAUCCUCGGCGAAAUGAUGAUUGGUCGACUAGUCUGCUUCUUUUCGUACCUUUGCGUUUGGGGACCGAAAAGCUUAAUCCGGUCUAUUUACCGGCUUUGAAAGCCUUUUUAUCUCAUGAAUGUUGUGUCGGUGUGAUUGGAGGGAAGCCAAAGCAUUCUCUAUACUUCAUCGGUUUUCAGGGAGAAAAUCUGAUCUCGAUGGACCCACAUUUUGUCCAGCCUACAGUGGAUACGGAGAAUCCCGACUUCUGCACGAAGUCUUAUCAUUGUGAAAAGCCUCGACGAAUACCGUUCACCCAAAUGGAUCCGUCGUGUUGCAUCGGUUUCUAUUGUCGUCAUCGUGAAGACUUUCAAAACCUUGUUCGUUUUACGCAAGACUGCCUUGUUGCUGAAGGUUAUCCGUUAUUUGUGAUGAAACCCGGCCAAGAAACUGGACACAGCUUCGUUUCUAGCAACGAGACGCCUCCUCACCUCAUUCCCGAGGAACGUAUUCUGAUGAUGGCUCGUCGAUUUAUCAACGAACACGGGGAAAUCGAGGAACUCGAAGCCAUCCAAGAGGAUUUCGUGUUUAUAUGA